AUGUACUUAGAUCCCAACAAUCUCGAAGAUCAGCGUGCUUGUGGGAUAGACGCCAAUCAUAAUAACAAGGAGACGAAUAUUGAUCGUGUUAGUAAGACCUCUGAGUACAGCAUUCUUCCACGUAGACGAGAAUGGGUAAAACUUAAUGUAGGUGGGGUAUAUUUUACAACCACUAUAUCCACACUCUGUGCCGAUCGUGAUAGUUUGCUUCCCCUCCUCAUUAGUAAUGAACUAGAUCAGAUGACUCCUGUUGACAGGGACUCUGAGUGUGCCAUUCUGUUAGAUGUUGAUCCGGUGUAUUUCCGGCCCAUUCUGAAUUACCUGCGGCACCGUGUGCUUGUCAUUCCUCCUGGUGUUCCCGCUGCGGGUGUGUUGGCCGUUGCGGAGUAUCUUAACUUGCAGGGUGUCGUGCGACAACUCACCCCAGCGCGGCAUUCACGACGACAACUUCUCUACAGUUGGGGAUCCGGUGCCUCUGGUGAGUUGGGCACGCAGUGUUUCCAGAACAGCAGUGUACCCACACCAGCCCCCAUCACACCGUUUGGAGUGCGUGUGGUGGAUGUGGCACUUGGCGCCAAUUACAGUUGCACUCUCACAGACGAUGGCAACAUCUACACUUUUGGUAAUGGCGACUGGGGCCAAUUAGGCCUUGGCAGUCAGCGUGAUCUGGAUGAACAUCCCGACGACAAGUCGGCUGUUGUGAUCGUACCGCAUCGUAUUCCGUUGUUUGAGCAGCAUCCGGCGGUGCACGUGGCGGCGGGCUACGCCUACGCGAUGGCCCUCACCGCCGAUCAUCACGUGUACUUUUGGGGAAACAACAAUCACGGACAGAGCGGUCUGGGCCCGAGUCACUUUGAUCACGCCACGCGGAAGGUGGAAACACCAACACUCGUCGCCACACUCGAGGGACGCCGCAUUGUGCAACUCGGCUGCGGUAGUUUCUUCAGUCUCGCACUCGGCGAGGACGGCACACUGUACAGUUGGGGAUUGCUGGAGUGUCUGGGCCUUGGCACGUUGGAGGAAGUACGGGCGAGAGUAGGCGAUCCCAGCGUGAUUGGCGAGUCUCUCAGUGCAGAGAAACGCACGGUAGUACUUGUCCCACAGGUGGUGCGUGUGGAAACAAAACACAAACUCGUGCGGGUGCAUGCGGGGCAGUGGCACAGUGGUGCGAUUAACGCCGCUGGUGAACUCUUCACAUGGGGUGUGGGUUAUCAAGGCCGCCUUGGGCACGGGAAUAAAGAGCCAGCGCUGGUGCCUCGUAUGGUGCGUGGGGCCCUAACUGGAAAACGUGUAGUGGAUGUCGCCUGUGGCUCCUUUCACACAGUAGCCCUUACCGACAGUGGCGCCGUCUACUGCUGGGGUGACAAUGCCAGUGGACAGUGCGGGGCAAAGGAAAGUAUAGACUGCAUCACAUCACCUUAUCGUGUGGUGAAUCUUGAGUUUGUGGCUGGCGGUGUGGCCAAGGCCAUCUCCUGUGGUCGACAGCACACCGUUGUGGUGAUGCAGGGUCCACAGUCGUGGUGCCGACGCCCGUGCUGCAGUUUAGACCACAGUGGACGUCCAAGAGCCCCACACGGACAAGUCUUUACAUUUGGUGAGACUGCACGUAUGGGCUGCAGCACAGCAACUGGAAAUAAUGGCAACACCAACAAUAACAACAACAAUGGGGGCGGUGGUAGUGGUGGUGGUAUGGGUGGGAGUCUUCACAGUGAUAUGAUGAAGUCCCAUGAUGGCAGAGUAGGUGAUCAGUUUCGCAUUGUACCAUUGUUGAGUAAUUUAAAUGUGACGAAUGUUAAGAGUGGACUGCAUCACACAUUUGUAUUUGCAGAGGAAUUGAUUCACCCUCCACAGACGAGAGCGGAAAUGGGAGACUUUAGUGAUACUGCUGAUGCUGAAAUGUUAGAUGAUACACACACACAGACCGGUAAAACAUCAGUAGAGUGGAUCAAUGGUAGUGGAUCGGUCCAAACAGUAGGCGGUGCGGUACCAGCAGGAGGGCGCAAAGUUCGUAGAGGUAACGAGUUUUAA